GUCACUCUGCCGCUGGGCUCUGCCUUACAUGUGGAAGUGUUGGUGGAUGAGUGAUCCAAGUUCUGCAGUUGUUCUGGAGGAUUGCUAUACCACUCACUCCUCAAACCCCGAUGACCCCAUCCGAGACUAUCUCAUUCGUUCCAGGUGUCCUUCUGCCUCUCGUCAUGUCCCGCCGUGUUCGUUUCUCUGCCCUGCUCUUUAAUCUCCAGAAUGAUCAGCCAAACCUCUUCCAUCACUGCACACUAUGCAUGUGUGACAAGAGGAUCCACAACUGUGUUCCACGCUGCAGACGAAGGACAUAUCGCUCUCCUGUCUACCAAGAUCCGAUCCAUUCCAUCACCAUUGGACCAAUCACGUUCAAGUGAAAAAUACAAUCCGGUAUCAGAGCAGAUGUCUCAGCACUGUGAUUUGUUUGGAAGUUAUGUUUCCUUUUUCUUUCAUCUUAGUCUUUUUAUGGGAGAACUCACAUGUUAAUGGAGUGAGAUGAUAAACACUGCAAAGUGAUGCAAGCACAUUUUAAUGAUAUCUUUAUUUUUCGAUCACCCUGUGAUAUCCUUCCUGUCUAUACAUUAUGUAGGCUAUGGUUAAUGGUGGUUCUGUUUUUAGCUAAUCAACAACAACAUGUUCAUGUCUUAACUGUAACUUGAUUUUUUGGUAGAAGAAAUGAUAAACACAUUUAAAGGUACACUAAUAACAACACAGGUUGUGGGUUUGGGGCGAUAUGGCAAACAUAUUCUAUCCCAUUAUAGCAUAUUUCUGGUAAUUCAAUAAAUAAUAGUUCAUGUGAAAC